CGGCUGGUGGUGGCCGCGGCGGCCGGCGAGCCCGGGACGCCCGAGCCUGCCCCGAGCCUCGGCGGAGCGGAGUGGCCUCGGCGCUCCCGUGUCCCGCUUGGUCCCACGCUGCACCCCGCCGCCCAGGAGCCCGGCGGACGGCGGCUCCCCCGGCGGCUCCGGCAUGACUCGGCGGCGCUCCGCUCCGGCGUCCUGGCUGCUCGUGUCGCUGCUCGGUGUCGCAACAUCCCUGGAAGUGUCCGAGAGCCCAGGCAGUGUCCAGGUGGCCCGGGGCCAGACAGCAGUCCUGCCCUGCGCCUUCUCCACCAGUGCUGCCCUCCUGAACCUCAAUGUCAUUUGGAUGGUCAUUCCCCUCUCCAAUGCAAACCAGCCCGAACAGGUCAUUCUUUAUCAGGGUGGACAAAUGUUUGACGGCGCCCUCCGGUUCCACGGGAGGGUAGGAUUUACCGGCACCAUGCCUGCUACCAAUGUCUCGAUCUUCAUCAAUAACACACAGCUGUCAGAUACGGGCACGUACCAGUGCUUGGUGAAUAACCUUCCAGACAGAGGGGGCAGAAACAUCGGGGUCACUGGCCUCACAGUGUUAGUCCCCCCUUCUGCUCCACAAUGCCAAAUCCAAGGAUCCCAGGACCUCGGCAGUGACGUCAUCCUUCUGUGUAGUUCAGAGGAAGGCAUCCCUCGGCCCACGUACCUUUGGGAGAAGUUAGAUAAUACGCUCAAGCUACCUCCAACAGCCACUCAGGACCAGGUCCAGGGAACAGUCACCAUCCGGAAUAUCAGUGCCCUCUCUUCCGGUCUGUACCAGUGUGUGGCUUCUAAUGCCAUCGGGACCAGCACCUGUCUGCUGGACCUCCAGGUUAUCUCACCCCAGCCCCGGAGCGUUGGAGUAAUAGCCGGAGCGGUUGGCACCGGUGCUGUUCUUAUCGUCAUCUGCCUUGCACUAAUUUCAGGGGCGUUCUUUUACUGGAGAAGCAAAAACAAAGAGGAGGAGGAGGAAGAAAUUCCUAAUGAAAUCAGAGAGGAUGAUCUUCCCCCUAAAUGCUCUUCUGCCAAAGCCUUCCACACGGAGAUAUCCUCCUCAGAAAAUAACACGCUGACCUCUUCCAAUACCUACAACAGUCGAUACUGGAACAACAAUCCAAAACCCCAUAGAAACACAGAGUCUUUCAACCACUUCAGUGACUUACGCCAGUCUUUCUCUGGCAAUGCAGUUAUCCCAUCAAUCUAUGCAAAUGGGAACCAUCUGGUUUUGGGUCCACAUAAGACUCUGGUAGUUACAGCCAACAGAGGGUCAUCACCUCAGGUCUUGCCCAGGAACAAUGGUUCAGUCAGCAGGAAGCCUUGGCCUCAACACACUCAUUCCUACACAGUAAGCCAAAUGACCCUGGAGCGCAUCGGUGCAGUGCCUGUCAUGGUGCCUGCCCAGAGUCGAGCAGGGUCCCUGGUAUAGGAUGACUGAGGAAACCAUGUUCAGAAGAGAAUAAAUGGACCGCCUUCAGGCAAGGGGGGAGCACUGCCUUCAGGCAAGGGGGGAGCACUGCCUUCAGGCAAGAGGGAGAGUGGGAUGGGUGAGUGCUGAAAAAUAAACUUUUGUUACGAUUCCAUUAGCAAAAAGCACAAAGAGGAGGCGUGUGUGAAGUGGCCUGGGGUUGUUCCAUAAUGAAGACUCAAGAAGACUGUUUCCCCACCACAGAUGUCCUGAGAUUCAGUUAAAACGAAACAUGCUGCAUCUCCAGAGAUGUGCCAAGCCAAGGAGAAUGCUAGAAGCAGAGUAAAGCUUACCCCCCAAACUGUGGUCCAGCUGGACCCCUUCUUUAAUUCUUGCCUAACUUAAUUAUUUUCAGGACCCUUCAAGUGCCAGGUGGAAUUUACAUAAUGAAAUUAUUUUUUAAAAAUAGGUGUCCUUAGGGAGAGAAAACAGGAGCAAGCUCAUGGUCUGGCCUAGUCUCCCUCUCCCACUCCUUCUGAUGACACUAGCAAUGCAUUCCAUCUGACCUGACUUUAUCAUAGAGGCAAAAUUGUUCAGAACACUGGCUGGAGAUGGGGAGAAAUAAGGAAACUUCUUGUGAACACCCUACACACACACACACACACACACACACACACACACACACACACACACACACACACACACACACAUUUAUUUACCUCCUCCUGAACCAUGAAUCGUAUUGGUGAUUUUGCUAUAUUGACAGAUUCUCAUCUGUUACACUCUAGGAUCUCUCACAGGUCUGUGGCAAUUACUGUUCAUGAUUUCCUGAAAAAAUAUUUUUUUAAAAGAAAACUAUUUUUUUUAAAUACUAGAGAGACAGUGGACUAGGAAAGCGAGAACUUGCCGCCUUGUCUAGUGACUGUAUUCAAUGACUGAACAGAGGCCCCCCCCACCAUACAAGAGUUUUAGGUGAUUGAGUGGGUGGAACCAGCUGGAGCCAGGUGGGAGGGGCCUUUACAUUGCCAGCAGGGCCCCAAAGAAUUGAGAUUGUGUAUGGCAACCGUUAAUGAGGACAGCGCCUGAUGCCUUUUGUACCGAGGAAGAUAAUUGCCUCUUGUUUGACAAGUAGAGUUUAGUAGGUUAUUACAAAAAGGGCAAGAGUUGUUUUGGUUUUGUUUCUUUCAAAAUAAUUUUUUUUCAAAAGAAUAACAAGGGUUAGGCAAAUGGGGGACCUUCCUGUGUGCUCUUGGGGGUCUGCUCAGCAUCUGGAAAUUUGGGUGUGCGAUUUUCCCUGAACACAUUGCAUACCAGUGUAAAAAGACUCUGCCUCCCCCCUUUUUGGCUUUUUUACUGGGCUUGGCUGGCCUUGCAGUUUACCAGAUUCAUUUACAGACUCUCUGCUCUGUAUGGCGCCGCCUGCCAUGUCUGUCUUGGUGACUAUCCUGCCUUAAUCACUUUGCUUUAGGGCAACUCAUGGUGAUCUCUUCCAAGAUCUGUUUUUAAAUUGUUUGGACUACUUGAGCCACAACUCUCAGAGGACAUUCCUUUUUUUUUUUUUUUUUUUUUCUCCUUUCUUCCAUUGCUUUGUCCCUCUUCCCCUGUGCUUCCUGCCUUCUUUCCCUGUCCCAUGGGCACAGUCCUCACAGGGAGUGGCCUCCUCUCUCCAGUGAUGUAAGUGAAUGGAAGCCAUCACUGGCUGCACAUACCUUUUUCAAAAGGGACACUCGGGAAGUCACUGCUGUGACCGUUUCGAUGUUGAUAAGAAGGUGAAUUUACUGUAGUGUUACCACCUUCUCCCCACUUGAUGGUUCUUGACUUUGUAAAAAUUUAAAUAAAUGAAUGUCUAUACUUUUUAAGGAAAAGAGAAAAUACCAUGUCACAGAAAAGGUGAAACUAUUAGAUGCUGUUUAGAAAGCAUUUAUCUUGCAUUUCUUUAUUCUUUCUAAUUACCUAAAAUUCAAUAAAAGUUUAUUCAUAUAAAA